AUGUCGCUUAGGGUUGCUGCGGACACCUACGGGUUGAACCCGACCUCGCUCCACCGCCGUGUGAAGAAGGAGGUGGCCAUAGAUGCGAGGGUUGGUCCCGGGACUGUCCUGUGCAAGGAGGAGGAAGAUUUCAAAGAAGAUGUGUUGAUCUACGCCUCCCGACACUUCUUGCUGUUGGGUCGGAGGGUGCUGAAAGAAGCUGUGCGGAAGAUCUACAUCGACGGACGCAAGGUGCCCUGGGACCCAGACACGGGCCUGGGGGACAGCUGGCUUGAGGGAUUCAUGGCGAAGCACCCGGGGUGGUCGGAGCAAGCCACCCUCAUCUACGAAGCAAACCGGAUCAACGAAGACGACGAGUCUCGCCUUGAAGCCUUCUCCGAGACAUGGGGAGCGUACCUCGCGGAGACCAAGCUCACGCCGGACCGCAUCAUCAACACGGGCGAGACAAGUGAGUUAAGGUAA